GCCCCGCACCCGGCCAUGUCGUCCUCCACCCGCAUGGCGCUGGUCACCGGGGCCAACAGGGGCAUCGGCUUCGCCAUCGUGCGUGACCUGUGCCGGCAGUUCAAGGGGGACGUGGUGCUCACCGCUCGGGACGUGAAGCAGGGUCGGAAGGCCGUGCAGCAGCUGCAGGCCGAGGACCUGAGCCCCCGCUUCCACCCGCUGGACAUCACCGACCGGCAGAGCAUCCGGGCCCUGCGCGACUUCCUGCUCAAGGAGUACGGGGGCCUCGACGUGCUGGUCAACAACGCGGGCAUCUUCCAGUCUGGUGAUCCCACACCACUUCAUAUUCAGGCAGAAGUGACCUUGAAAACAAACUUCUUUGGUACCCGAGAUGUGUGCACGGAGCUCCUGCCACUCAUAAAACCCCAAGGCAGAGUGGUGAAUGUGUCUAGCGGAUAUGGCUUUAAAGCUCUUGAAAACUGCAGCCUCGAACUGCAGCAGAAGUUUCGAAGUGAAACCAUCACAGAGGAGGAGCUGGUGGGGCUCAUGAACAAGUUUGUGGAAGACACAAAGGACGGGCUGCACAGGAAGGAGGGCUGGCCUGAUCCAUAUACCAGUGAUGGCCUGGUAUAUGGGGUGACGAAACUCGGCGUCACAGUCCUGUCCAGGAUCCAAGCCAGGAAAGUGAGUGUGCAGAGAGGAGGGGACAAGAUCCUCCUGAAUGCCUGCUGCCCAGGGUGGGUGAGAACUGACAUGGGGGGACCCAGAGGCUUAAAAAGCCCAGAAGAAGGAGCAGAGACCCCCGUGUACUUGGCCCUUUUGCCCUCGGAUGCCGAGGGACCUCAUGGAGAGUACGUGUUUGAGAAAAAAGUUGAACAAUGGAAAUUCAACUCACAGUUCUAUCUACCGUCCCAGGUUACCUGUCCUGAUUAGACCAAAAAGACACAUGCAGUGUCAAAAAUAUCUCCUCAAGAAAAAAAUCAAAGAUCCCUACUAGUAUCCAAAUAUCAGUUUGAAAUGGUUACUCAUUCUGUGAAGUCUUUGGGGCUUCUUCUGAGAUCCCAGGACAUAAAAGAAGAAUGGAUGACAAAGAAUGAAUCGAAAUCGGUGAAUGAUUAAAUGGUUCUUUAUAAAUAAAUGUCCAUUUGUGCAGCCUGUUUACAUGCUGAAGCAGCUCCGAAAUUAAGUCAAGUGAGAUAUAACUGGGGCGGACAACCGUUACUGGCAGGGCCACAUACGAACUAUUUUCACCUUUUCAGGCUGAAAUGGUCUCUGUUGUCACUGCUCAGAUGUGCUUUUACAGCAUGAGAUAAUAGCCAGAGACAAUAUAUAAGCUGAUAAGCGUGGCCAGAUUGGGCCUGCUGGCUAUAGCUGAAGAGCCUCUAGCAUAACA